GCGCAGCCGCAGAGCCUCCCAGCCGUGCCGCUACCCCAGCGCUGCGCACUUGACAGCCAGUCUGCCCGUCCGGAGCCCGGCUCGCAGGAGCAGCAUGGCGGGGUCGCCGCUGCUCCGCGGGCCGCGGGCCGGGGGCGUCGGCCUUCUGGUGCUGCUGCUGUUGGGCCUCCUUCAGCUGCCCCCCGCGCUCUCCGCGCGGCCGGUAAAGCAGGAGCCCCUCAGCCUAAGCGCAGCGUCGCCAGCCAUGGCUGAGGCUGGCCCCCCGCGCCGCUUCCGCAGGGCAGUGCCCCGAGGAGAGGCAGCGGGUGCCGUGCAGGAGCUAGCGCGGGCGCUAGCACACCUGCUGGAGGCCGAGAGGCAGGAGCGGGCGCGGGCCGAGGCACAGGAGGCUGAGGACCAGCAGGCGCGUGUCCUGGCGCAGCUGCUGCGUGUCUGGGGCUCUUCCCGCACCUCCGACGCGCCCCUCGUCCUGGACGACGACCCAGACGCGCCCGCCGCACAGCUCGCCCGCGCCCUGCUCCGCGCCCGCCUCGACCCCGCAGCCCUCGCAGCCCAGUUUGUCCCUGCUCCGGCACCGGCCGCUGCACACCGACCCCGGCCUCCAGUCUAUGACGACGGCCCCACAGGUCCAGAUACGGAGGACACUGGUGACGAGACUCCCGACGUGGAUCCAGAGUUGCUGAGGUAUUUACUGGGACGAAUCCUCACCGGAAGCGGAAGCGCGGACCCCGAAGCUGGGGCCGCCCCGCGCCGCCUUCGCCGCGCCGCCGACCAGGAUCUGAGCCCUGAGGGGCCCCCUGAAGGUGUUCUGGGGGCACUGCUUCGUGUAAAACGCCUGGAGAACCCCCCACCCCCAGCGCCAGCACGCCGUCUCCUGCCACCCUGAGCACCGCCUGCAUCCAGCGUGCCCCAGAAUCCAGGAGCACCCAGCGAGCCACCCAGACACCCUUGCCAGCACGUCCAGAGCAGCUUACCCCUUCCAUCCCCAGAUCCCCACCCCCUGGCCUUAUAAUAACACCAUCUGAAACAGCUCUGUUUGUCUGUGUGAGUGGCAGUAGCUAAGGGGGCUGGUGGGCUGGUUGGGGGUGGGUGCUCUUGGAGUAGAAGGGCUCUACAUCUUGCCCUUAGCGACACCCCCUGUUCAGCCUGUGCCUCUCCCCACUGGCAGAGGCAUCCACAGGGACAAUGGCAGUGCCCCCCACCCUCAGUGCUGCCCUAUUAGGCCUCACUGGGUUAGGCAGAUUCCAUGGGCUUUGAUGCUUCUUUCAGGGCCUGCACCAGGAUCUCCCAGGGGUCCGUUCUCCUGAGGACCAAGGGCACCAAGGAGCCAGUGGCUGGUUUGUAGUCAUGGUCUUUAUUUUGCACUGGCUAUGUCCUCUUCCCCUGGAUAUCAGCAAGGUUUUAUCCAAAUGUUACCUACUCCAUAAAGCUUCUUUGACCACCCUG